GAUGACCCCGCUCUCGAAUCUGAGGUGAUUGGAAGGAGCAGGUCCAGGUUCCGGGGGCUGGGGUGGGGCGCGUCCCAAAGGCUGGUCCUGGCUGGAGCGGGGCCGAGGCGAAAUAUUGUUAGAGACAGCGCCGCGCACCAACCACUUGGAGCAGCGCAGGGGCGGGAGGGCAGGUUCUCUCGUUAGUGCCCCUUGCGUAAGGGGGCCCGUGAUCUCAUCGGUUCUGCCCUCAGCUUCCCUCUUCUGACGCCCCGCCCCAGACCAGGUGUUCGAAUCCCGACUCCAGAACUGGCGGCGUCCCAGUCCCGCCGUUGGACCCGCCCUCGGGCUCAUGGCGGCGCCAGUCCGCCUGGGUCGGAAGCGCCCGCUGCCUGCCUGUCCCAACCCGCUCUUCGUUCGCUGGCUGACCGAGUGGCGGGACGAGGCGACCUGCAGCGGGCGCCGCACGCGCUUCGUGUUUCAGAAGGCGCUGCGCUCCCUCCGGCGGUACCCACUGCCGCUGCGCAGCGGGAAGGAAGCUAAAAUUCUGCAGCACUUCGGAGACGGGCUCUGCCGGAUGCUGGACGAGCGGCUGCAGCGGCACCGAACAUCGGGCGGUGAGCGCCUGCCUCCCCCAGAUGACCAUGCACCAGGCUCACCAUCUGGACAGAACAGUCCAGCACCGCAGGGGCGACCUGCAGAAGUCCAGGACUCUUCCAUGCCAAUUCCUGCCCAGCCCAAAGUGGGAGGCUCUGGCAGCUACUGGCCAGCUCGGCACUCAGGAGCCCGAGUGAUACUGCUGCUGCUCUACCAGGAGCACCUGAAUCCUAACGGCCACCAGUUCUUAACCAAGGAGGAGCUGCUGCAGAGGUGUGCUCAGAAGACCUCCAGGGUAGCCCCUGGGAGUGCUCGACCCUGGCCAGCCCUCCGCUCCCUCCUUCACAGGAACCUGGUCCUCAGGACACACCAGCCAGCCAGGUACUCAUUGACCCCAGAGGGCCUGGAGCUGGCCCAGAAGUUGGCUGAAUCGGAAGGCCUGAGCUUGUUGAAUGUGGGCAUCAGGCCCGAGGAGUCCCCUGGGGAGGAGACAGCAGCGCCAGGAUCAGCUUCGGCAGAGCUUGCCAGUGAAGCAGGGGUCCAGCAGCCACCACUGGAGCUGAGGCCUGGAGAGUACAGGGUACUAUUGUGUGUGGACAUCGGCGAGACCCGGGGGGCGGGGUACAGGCCGGAGCUGCUCCGAGAGCUACAGCGGCUGCACGUGACCCACACAGUGCGCAAGCUGCAUGUUGGGGAUUUUGUGUGGGUGGCACAGGAGACCAAUCCUAGAGAUCCAGCAGCAAGCCCUGGGGAGUUGGUGCUGGACCACAUCGUGGAGCGCAAGCGGCUGGAUGACCUGUGCAGCAGCAUCAUUGAUGGCCGCUUCCGGGAGCAGAAGUUCCGGCUGAAGCGCUGCGGCCUGGAGCGCCGGGUAUACCUGGUGGAAGAGCAUGGCUCAGUCCACAACCUCAGCCUUCCAGAGAGCACACUGCUGCAGGCUGUCACCAACACUCAGGUCAUUGAUGGCUUUUUUGUGAAGCGCACAGCAGACAUUAAGGAGUCAGCCGCCUACCUGGCCCUCUUGACACAGGGCUUGCGGAGACUCUACCAGGGCCACACCCUACGCAGCCGCCCCUGGGGAACCCCUGGGAACCCUGAAUCAGGGGCCAUGCCCUCUCCAAACCCUCUCUGCUCACUGCUCACCUUCAGUGACUUCAACGCAGGAGCCAUCAAGAACAAGGCCCAGUCGGUGCGAGAAGUGUUUGCGCGGCAGCUGAUGCAGGUGCGCGGAGUGAGUGGGGAGAAGGCAGCAGCCCUGGUAGAUCGAUACAGCACCCCUGCCAGCCUCCUGGCCGCCUAUGAUGCCUGUGCAACCCCCAAGGAACAGGAGACACUACUGAGCACCAUCAAGUGUGGGCGUCUGCAGAGGAAUCUGGGGCCUGCUCUGAGCAGGACUUUGUCCCAGCUCUACUGCAGCUACAGCCCCCUGACCUGAGCUUAUGCCACGAAGCAGCCCCCAGCUCCCAUCUGUCCCCUCACCCCCAGGAUAAUCAGCCUUUCAGCCAGCAUCGUUUGGGGUACAAUUAGAAUCUAAGUGUUUGUAGCCAUAUGUAUUAUAUAGGAGAUGCCUGGCACUGGGGGCCUUGUGAAAUAUGCAGGAACCAGAGAUAACAUCUGGUCCAGUGAUUUUUAAACCAAGCUGCUUAGGACUGGGAUUCCCUGGUCCGGGAGAUGGAGUCAGUGGGGCAUUGCAGCUUUGGAUCGACUUUAUAUCAUCAGUUGGUCCUUAUCAAAUAAAACUUCCUUAGAAGUGCAGAAGGAAAAAUAAAUAAAACUUACUGGCGAAAUUAAAAAUAAUAAAAAUAAAACUUCCUAAAAGAAAAGCUCAAAAACCA